AUGAUGAAGUACAUACUGCUUCUAUAUUUUGUGAAUACAUCUUUUGCUUUUAAAAAUGAUACCAUACAGUUUACAGUUGAUUAUUUUAAGGAGAAUAAUGUGAAAUCUGUAUGCUGGCUGUCCUGUAAUAAUGACGGUAAUCAUAACUUCGUGAAAGCAGCAAAUAAUAAUUCGAUAUCCGUAUCGAACUAUAACUUCGCCAAAUCGGGAAAUAUAACUGGAUUUAAAACGUGCUUGCGUCGAUCUUACACGUUCACUGGAGUCAGUGUUAAAGCGGAUUGUCAUCUAUUUGAUAUCAUGAUUUAUGCAUCCGAGAAUAAGCUGUUAACUUCAAAUUACAAAUGGCUUAUUAUAAACGAUAAAGAUGGAUUAACGAGCGAAUCUUUGGAUGAAAAUAUAUUUUCUAAACUGAAUUUAUCAGUUAAUGCGGAAGUGACUCUUGCAAGCCGUGAAGGAUCGGAUUUUAAGUUAGAGGAAGUUUUUAAUUUCGGUAAGAUACAAGGCGGUCGUGUUGUUAUUAACGAAAUUGGGUUCUGGAGUUUGGGAAACGGUGAGUUUUAUCAACCAGGAUAUAAAUACACCCGUAGAUUCGAUUUUGAGGGAAUUCACUUGAGAUUGAUGAUUGUGUAUCAAGGUAAACCUGAGGAGUUCAGACCCGAAAUGAUAUUAGAACGAGAGCUUGCCGAUGGUAUCUCCAUAGUAACGCAAUCAAGUAGCAUGGUCCUCGUUGAAGUAGCAUCUAUACAUAAUAUCAAGUUCAAUUAUAGCAUCUGUGACAGAUGGGUGGGUGACUACAAACGAGAGAGUCCGUAUGUGAUAACAAAUGCCCUUCACUUCGGAGAUAUCGACAUAACGCCCUUACUUCGUCUUCUUCCCUACCACAUAAACUAUUAUGAUGUUAUCAAUCAGCCCGUUACUCAUGUUGAAGCCAGAUACUACUAUCGCAUACCAACCACAGGGGUUGGAAAGUUCGAGAACCAGUUCCUAACACCAUUCACGACUGGUGUGUGGUGGAGUGUGGUUGCUGUGAUCGCCCUGUGUGGUCUGGGGCUGCUGCUCUCAGCGAUGUUAGAACACCGUCCAUUGGCGUGGCAUUAUGCGUUCUUCUCUGUUAUUGCUUUGUCUUGCCAGCAAUUUUUUGAAGAUGUCAACGAGGGUGCCGUCAAAAGAAACUCUACAGCCAGGAAACUGACAGUGCUAGUCACGGGAAUAUCCUGCGUCCUCAUAUUCAACUACUACACGAGCAGCGUGGUCAGCUGGCUGCUGAACGGUCCACCUCCCUCCAUCAACUCGCUCUGGGAACUGAUGGAGAGCAGCCUGGAGCCGGUAUUCGAGGAAGUGGGGUACACGCAUUCAUGGCUUCAGCUUCCCGAUUAUUACUAUAACAAGAGGACGCAUGCCGCAGAGGAUGUGUUUAAAAGAAAGGUAAAGAAGAGAGGGAAUAUCAAGAUAACGUCACCCGCUGAAGGGAUAGAGAUGGUCAGGACAGGAGCGUAUGCAUUCCACUGUGAAACAAAUAGUGCAAAUAAGUUCAUAGCCAGAACGUUUACUGCGAAAGAGCUGUGUGAUUUGGAUUCCUUGUUCUCUGUAGACAAGACUCUUCUUUAUACUUCUUUACAGAAGAAUAGCCCGUAUAGAGAAUUUUUCAUUUGGAGUUACACCCGCGCAUCCGAGCAAGGCAUAAUCAGCCUGGUGAAUUCCCGGACUAACACCCGGGAGAUGAAGUGCGAGGGCAGUUCCCCAAGAGCCCUGGCCCUGGGCGGGGCUGCUCCAGCAUUUCUACUGCUAGCCCUAGGGUACCUAUCGGGCACUAUUAUCAUGCUGAUUGAAAGACAUCUCAAAGCACGAGAGGAUAAAAAGAUGCAUCGCGGCGCGUAUCGGGAAUAGUUUUAUGCAUUAUUUAUAAGAUAAUUUAUUUAAUAGUUUUACAUUAUUACUAUAUACCUACAUUAUUGCUUUUGCUUCUAUGAACAAAAAUCCUAGUUUUGUUUGCUUUAU